AACCCCUGUAUUUCACAUGGGGCAGGCGGGAGUUACCAUCCACUUGCGUGUAUGCUGCUGCUGAGUGCUGGUUGACAGUCUCAGGCGACAAGAGGAAAGCAAGGCACAGUUUUUCUUUUGCUUCAUCUUCUUCAUAUUUACUAAAGCCGUACCACUGCUGGAUGGAACCAUGAAGCAGGAAACACUGGAGCACUCUUAAGGACGCUGCCGUUUGUACUUUUCGCAUGAUAAUCACCGGUGGGAUGAAGAACUGAAGUGUUAAAGACAGUUUGUUCCAACAUGUCUAAACCGAUGGAUCACGUUAAACGUCCGAUGAAUGCUUUCAUGGUUUGGUCCAGAGCCCAGCGCAGAAAAAUGGCUCAGGAGAACCCUAAAAUGCACAACUCCGAGAUCAGCAAGAGACUGGGAGCGGAGUGGAAACUUCUCACCGAGUCUGAGAAAAGGCCAUUCAUCGACGAAGCCAAACGGCUGAGAGCGAUGCACAUGAAGGAACACCCAGACUAUAAAUACAGACCGAGGCGGAAGCCCAAGACUCUGAUGAAAAAAGAUAAGUUUUCUUUCCCCGUGCCCUACAAUCUCGGGGAGCACGACGCACUCAAAGUUAACGGGCUUUCCACUGGAGCACUUUCCGAGUCUGUCAUUGGGAACCCCGAUAAGGCGGCAGCAGCUGCUGCGGCUGCGGCGGCCAGGGUAUUCUUCAACCCCUCCAUGUCCGCGAACCCCUACUCAUUUUUCGACCUGGGAUCCAAGAUGACCGAGCUUUCCCCACCUUCGUUUCCGUACGCUUCUCCUUUGGGCUACCCGCCGGGAGGCGCUACGGCUUUCACCGGGACUGGCAGUGUAGGUGGCGGGACGCACACCCACACUCACUCACAUCCGUCCCCGGGAAACCCAGGCUACAUGAUCCCGUGUAACUGUACGGCCUGGCCCUCAGCAGGACUCCAACCACCCUUAGCAUACAUUCUGCUCCCCGGGAUGGGAAAACCUCAACUUGAACCGUACCCUGCAUAUGCUGCGGCAUUAUGAUAGGCCCACUUUGGACAUCUGAGAAAAUGAAAUGUGAAAUCAAAACAAACAGAAAAAAAGCUAUUCACGCAAGAGUUUUAUUGUGCAUGCACAAACUUGUACAUGUGAUGAAGUGCUCGUCGUCUCAGAUAUCACAUGUGUAUGUAUAUUGAUUAAUGCCUUUAUCUAAGGUAAUGCUUAUUUAGAGAACUCUCUAAUCUAUUAUUACCAAGCCAUCACUUCACACAGCCACAAGGAAAAGGACUAAAAAGAUGGCACACAUGCACACAGUUUAGAGAGAGUGAGGUAUAAAAGCAGUUUCCCCUUGUGAAAACUCAUUUUUAAGGGUGUCCUGAUCGAUUUCUAUCUUUUGCACCUGCCUGACUAACCAGUUUGGAAUCAAGGGCAGCAUAUACAAUGACCAUGUUAAGGAUCAAGGCAUUUCCUCGCAAAUAAGUUGCUGGAGGUUAUAAUUCAUGGGUCAAGGGGAGUUGUUACAGCACUGUAAAUGUGUACAGAUAAAAAUGACUUUAGUUUAUUUGCCGUUAUAGGCUUAGUGUUUGAGAUAGGGCCAGGAAGAUACGUAUUUCACUAGAAACCCGGUGUAUAUUUUGAGUUUUUAAACCGUUUUAUAGAUGUCUGUACUAUUUAUUGUUUAGUGGAAUCUAUGGUGAACCAGACAAUUUUUUAAAAAAGUGAAUGAGGCUAGUUCUGUAUUAUUUGCACAUGAAACGUAGAGGAUGUAAUUUAUUUUGAAGGUGAUAUUCAGUUUUAAUGCUUUAUAACUUUCGGGGUUUGAUUCACCAAACCCCAUUUUCUUUCUCUUGAAAAAAAAAAAGUUCAGAUUUGAAGAUGCAGAAGAAGAAGAUUAAAAAAAAAGUUGCAGAUGGAAGUUUAUUUAGUGGGUUUAUAAUUUCCUGGAUUCACCAUUCUCCCACUCCUCGUAUCAUGUGCAGAAAAAAAAGACGUUUUUAACUAACUCUUAUGGAAUUUGUAUGUUUUGUGUUUUCUUUAACCUCCGUUAUGUACUUCAAACUAUUGCUACUGUUCACUUGUUCAGCAAAGGACUACAAUAAAGCGUAUUCGGAUUAAACGGAA